AAUUAUUUUUUUCAGGGGAGACUCAAAUCUCGUUUGUGCGAGACUUCAAUGCAGCCAUUGAUGUCAAUGUACACAAACUGAAUGUUGUCAAAUCAGUGUCAUUUGCAAUGUAAAGCACCAUGCCGAGGAAGUUGCCGUUUCGAGUGCUCCAUGUGUCUGGGCAGGAUGAAAGCUACAGAGCAGCAGAACUGAAUUAUCACAGCCCCCUAACAAAGGGAUGGCAGGCAUCAAGAUAUUGCCUGUACCCUCAAGACAUUGUUCUACAGCUAGAAAACAGAUGCAGGUUGAGGAAAAUUCAGAUUUUAUCACAUCAGUACCUGAUAGCCACGAAAAUUGAGUUUUUUGUUGGAGAUGUACCCGAUGAACAAUCACAAGACCUGGAAAAUGCUCGCUACACAAGGCUUGGAUAUGUGUCUCUGUCUGACAAUGAGAAGACGGGCUACAAGGCCCGGGAGCUGAAGUCAGUCCACGUGGACGCCAUCGGACUAUACCUCAAACUGAACAUCCACAAAAACCACAUCAACAAGUACAACAUAUACAACCAGGUUGGUGUUAUUGCUAUCAACGUGAUCGGAGAUGAUAUCAAACGGCCUUUAGGAAUCACGGACCCAGAUUUGUUCCUGGAUAAUGAUAAGAGGAAGGCCAUCGAGGGUGACCCGUCGUUAGAGGGACUGUACAAUAAGCCGGAUUUCAUUUCACCUCUGGAUGAUUUGGCUUUUGACAUGUAUCAAGAUCCUGAGAUUGCAGGCAUCAUCCGAAAGUUAGAGAAGAAAAAACAAGAGGCAGUUUUACAAGAGAGAUUUGAGUAUGCUAAGAAGUUGAAGGGCGCAAUAUCUGAACUGCAGAAGGUUGGUGAGAAGCUGGGUAAAUAUGAAGUGGAGAAACGACAGGCUGUGGAAAACGAGGACUACGACAAAGCCAAACUGAAGAAGGUCCAGAUGGACGAAUAUAGAUUACAGGUCUACAAAGAUCUGAAUUUACCAGACCUUCUGGAAACAUCGGGGUCGAGACAUCCACAAAACAUUGAUUUAGAACCCAUUCGUCAGCCAACUCCACCACGCCUACAGGAACUUUCGUACAGGACCCCACCCCAGAGCCCAACCCCCAGAACUCCCUAUGAUGAGAGACCACUCCCAGCCAUGAAAAGUAAAGACGCAAAACCGUCCAGUGAUUCCCCACCCCCUCCUAGAACCCCUUAUGAUGAGCGCUUGUUACCGGUCAAACCCCCAGCUGUUCCGGAGGAAGAGGACCCCCCUCCUGAGAGUAGUACAGGUAUCACUGGAGAACCUGAGCCCCUGGGGGAGAAGGAGCUGAGGGAGGCCUCUUAUGCCAUCGAUGUUUUUGGAGAACCUCUGGUCUCGAAAGCCUAUAGUAAGACCUGGUCCUAUAGGGAGGAUGCUCUGCUGGCAGUGUACAAACAGAUGCAGGAGAGCAAUGUCUCAGCGAAAGAGGAGUGUCGAAACCUGCUGAAGGCGGGAAUCUUCCUAGUCAAGAGAGCCGUCGACGACAAAGUCUAUGCUGUGUUCAAGGCUGGUUUACAUCUGCUGAGAAUGAUACUGAAUGAAUACAUUCCACAACACAAAUUACAGAGACAGGACACUAUUUAUGCUGUGGAGAAGACAAUACCCAACCUCCUACACAAGGGAGGAGACACUGCUGCUAGAUGUCGUGAGGAUUCAAAGAGCUUUGUGUUGGAGGAGGCUAGCUUCUCAGAAGUCAAGCCAACCAACAUAGUGCCCCAUGAGUGUGUGAAGCCAUUUAAACUGACCCUGGCUCCUCGACAGGCCCAGUCCCAGUGUGAAAUAGUCGAGGCACUGUACAAAAAGCUGGGGAUCAAAUCAAACAGUGGAUUGACGGUGGAUAACCUGAUGCAGUUCUGUGUGACAGCACUGGGGCACAAUUCUGGGGAGGUCAGGGACGUGGCUGAACGGAUCAUUAAGGAUCUCUAUCGAGAGGUUAAGGACCCAGUCAAAGACUACCUCCCACCUGACAAUGAAAAAAAUCGCAAAAUCACUCUGUAUAGACAGCUGUAUGAAUACUUUGACAAAGUGGAUGGAAAACCUAGCAAGGGAGACUUAAAGAAAAAGAGGGUAGAUGAUGAGAAAAAGAAACAGCAGGAAAUUGACAUGCUACAACAACAGCUUCAGCAGCUGAAGGACAUGGCAUCCGGAAAACAGGAUUACCAACCCUCUCCUAGGCCUAAAAAACUCAAACCCAAACUGAAGCCAGUUGACGAGUCAGUGUUAGAUUCCAAGAAAGCUGCCCCACGAAGACCUAGCAUUGCAUCAAAGAAAAUGAAAACUGAUGUAAAGAAAAAGGCCGAGAAAAAGAAACAGAAGGAUGAUGAUGAUGUUUCUAUGUACAAUAUGGACAACAUCUGUAUAUUCUGUGGAGAGAGAAAUGAGAACUUUACAGAGGAAGGUUUAGAUCUGCAUUACUGGAAGCAUUGUCCAAUGUUGAAGAGGUGUACCAACUGUAAGCAGGUGGUGGAGAUUGCUAGUUACACAGAACAUCUGCUGACGGAGUGUGAGGCGAAAUCCAACUAUGCCAAGUGUCCACGGUGUUCGGAAGCCAUUGCUAAGUCAGACUAUGACGAACAUAUAGCUGCUAAAAGCUGCAAUCCUUCCAAAUCAAGCUUUAACCACUGUCCACUGUGUCACCAGAACAUAGGGUCUGGAGAAGAUGGCUGGAAGUCUCAUCUGAUGAGUAGGGACGGCUGCAAGCAGAAUCCCCGCCGAUUACUGGCGAUCAAUAAACAACCAACUGCAGGAAAAGGAAAGCCUGCUCCAAAGGGCAAGAAAACUCCCAGAUAAAUUCAUUGAUUUGGUGGAUUAUAUGUAUGUGCAUCGCUGUGAUAUUAAGCUGGAUUAUGGUUCUCAAUUUAAUACAAUCAUACCCCACUCAUUGGUACAUCGAGAGAAACGUUUGACAAUAUGGGAUGCAAUGUAGAAAGCUACAUAUGUUAUUUAUAUUUAUUCAAGUUUAUGCAUAGUUCUAGUACUGAUAUACAUCUAGAAUAUCCAGAGAAAUUUUUGUUUUGAAAUAUGAAGUUGCUGCAGAGUAUUGCUGCCUCAAGUGCCAAUAACACGAUUUUAAAAGACAGAGGAAUUUCAGAAUCUCAGGAGUCGGGACAUAUCCGAAAUAUUUGUUAACGAACAAUUACAUGGAUUAUACUUUGUGAUUUUUGUUUAGCCUGUGUGUUUUGUGUAUGCAGUUGAGGGAACUUUUUUCUUAAAAAUUGAUUAUAUUGGAUUUUUGGGGUACAGUUUUUUGUUUGUAUUUAAUAUCACAGUUUUUAAAAUUAAGUUCAAUGAUGUGUCAUUAGUUAUAAUGAUGAUCAUCAUAACUCUAAAUAAUUUAACACCCUCACCACCCCCACACUUCAUUGGGUAUAACUCUAAAUAAUUUAACACCACCUUCACCACUCCCCAUUAAAUAUCGUGCUUGAAAUCCAAAUUUUCAUUUUCAGAUAAUCCCCAAAAAAGGAAAUCACUCAUUCAAUACAUUUUUCUGCAAGUACAGAGACUCAGGAUUACUACCAUUAAAUGCGCUAUGUAGUAGCUGAUAUGCCUAUUUUCUGGAAAGUAAACAAUAUCAGAUUUAGAUAUGGACUUGAAUGAAUAAACUAUAUACAUUUA